AUGGCCCUGCGAAAGGAGCUGCUGAAGUCCAUCUGGUACGCGUUCACCGCGCUGGACGUGGAGAAGAGCGGCAAGGUCUCCAAGUCCCAGCUCAAGGUGCUGUCCCAUAACCUGUACACGGUCCUGCACAUCCCCCACGACCCUGUGGCUCUGGAGGAGCACUUCCGAGAUGAUGACGAUGGGCCAGUGUCUAGCCAGGGGUACAUGCCCUACCUCAACAAGUACAUCCUGGACAAGGUGGAGGAGGGGGCUUUCGUUAAGGAGCACUUUGAUGAGCUGUGCUGGACCCUGACGGCCAAGAAGAACUACCGGGCGGACAGCAACGGGAACAGCAUGCUCUCCAAUCAGGAUGCCUUCCGCCUCUGGUGCCUCUUCAACUUCCUGUCUGAGGACAAGUACCCCCUGAUCAUGGUUCCCGAUGAGGUGGAGUACCUGCUGAAGAAGGUGCUCAGCAGCAUGAGCUUGGAGGUGAGCCUGGCGGAGCUGGAGGAGCUGCUGGCCCCGGAGGCCCAGGCAGCCCAGAGCAGCGGGGGGCUCAGCGUCUGGCAGUUCCUGGAGCUCUUCAACUCGGGCCGCUGCCUCCGCGGCGUGGGGCGGGACACCCUCAGCAUGGCCAUCCACGAGGUCUACCAGGAGCUCAUCCAGGAUGUCCUGAAGCAGGGCUACCUGUGGAAGCGCGGCCACCUGCGGAGGAACUGGGCGGAGCGCUGGUUCCAGCUGCAGCCCAGCUGCCUCUGCUACUUUGGGAGCGAGGAGUGCAAGGAGAAAAGGGGCACCAUCCCCCUGGACGGGCAGUGCUGUGUGGAGGUGCUGCCUGACCGCGAGGGGAAGCGCUGCAUGUUCUGCGUGAAGACGGCCUCCCGCACAUACGAGAUGAGCGCCUCGGACACGCGCCAGCGCCAGGAGUGGACGGCUGCCAUUCAGAUGGCCAUCCGGCUGCAGGCCGAGGGGAAGACGUCGCUGCACAAGGACCUGAAGCAGAAGCGGCGGGAGCAGCGGGAGCAGCGGGAGCGGCGCCGGGCCGCCAAGGAGGAGGAGCUGCUGCGGUUGCAGCAGCUGCAGGAGGAGAAGGAGCGGAAGCUGCAGGAGCUGGAGCUGCUGCAGGAGGCGCAGCGGCAGGCGGAGCGCCUGCUGCAGGAGGAGGAGGAGCGGCGCCGCAGCCAGCACCACGAGCUGCAGCAGGCUCUGGAGGGCCAGCUGCGCGAGGCCGAGCAGGCCCGGGCGUCCAUGCAGGCUGAGAUGGAGCUGAAGGAGGAGGAGGCUGCCCGGCAGCGGCAGCGCAUCGAGGAGCUGGAGGACAUGCAGCAGAGGCUCCAGGAGGCUCUGCAACUGGAGGUGAAAGCUCGGCGGGACGAGGAGGCCGUGCGCCUGGCCCAGACCAGGCUGCUGGAGGAGGAGGAGGAGAAGCUGAAGCGGCUGCUGCGGCUGAAGGAGGACCAGGAGCGCUACAUCGAGCAGGCGCAGCAGGAGAAGCAAGAGCUGCAGCAGGAGAUGGCCCAGCAGAGCCGCUCCCUGCAGCUGGCCCAGCAGCAGCUGGAGGAGGUGCGGCAGAACCGGCAGCGGGCGGAUGAGGACGUGGAGGCCGCCCAGCGGAAGUUGCGCCAGGCGAGCACCAACGUGAAACACUGGAAUGUCCAGAUGAACAGGCUCAUGCAUCCGAUUGAACCUGGAGACAAGCGUCCCACCACCAGCAGCUCCUUCACAGGCUUCCAGCCCCCGCUCCUGGCCCGCCGCGACUCCUCCCUGAAGCGCCUGACCCGCUGGGGGUCCCAGGGCAGCAGGACCACCUCCCCCAGCUCCAGUGAGCGGCAGAAGUCCCUCAACGGCGGGGACGAGGCUCCCAUCUCGGCUUCCGCCCCUCGGGAAGACAAACAGGACCCGGAACCAGAAAACUAG